AUGUUCGCCCCAUCACUCGGCUUGUCCUGCUUCUUGCUCUGCGCCCUCUUCGUCUUGCCGGGACAAAGUCAUGUCCUCUUCCAGGACGGCGGUAAAGGCGCCAAUAAAUUAGCGGCGCCGAAGACUGUCAAGGGCCUCCUCAAUUCUGAGAAGAAGUUUGGACAGCACCUAGAGAAAGCCAAUCCUGGCUUCCUCCAGCAAUCGGCGGCUUCGCAAAACCCCACAUUCAUGUUGCUGGGCUGCUCGGACAGUCGUGUGAGUGAAGGCACGAUAUUUCACACGCAACCAGGGAUCAUGUUCGCCGGCCGCAACGUCGCCGCACAAUAUUACGACGACGACACAAAUGGAAACGCGGUGCUCACGUAUGCUACACACCAUUUGGGGGUCCAACAUAUAAUCGUGAUGGGCCAUUACGGAUGCGGAGGCGUGGCAGCUGCCAUAACAUCCCCCAUGACCUCCGAGAAGGACGCAAAGGACUCUAUAGACCAUUGGGUUUGGCCUAUCAGAGACACAUAUCUUAAGUCAACGAGGAGUGAAGUUGUCGAACUACGCGACAAGAACAAGAAAUUAAAGACGGUACCAGCACCCACUAUGGAUGACCCUGGCUACCAUGCGCUUGUUGAGGAGAAUGUGAAGGAGAAUGUAAAGCGAGUACACGCAUCUAAAGUUGCUAAAUCAUAUUCGGGAAAAAAGAUCACCAUUCAUGGAUGGGUGUAUGACCUUUUGACAGCUGAAAUUAGAGAUCUCAAUGUGACGGUUUCAUUCGGGAACUAA